AUGGCUGUUCAGAAAGGGCUUCGGCCCCUGGCUGAUGGGCGUGUUUGGAUUUCCGAAUUCCUUUGGCUGCACGAGCCCAAAGACGGAGGACCUGCCGGCACAGGUUGGCAUCGGCAGCUGCCACAGGAUCCGUGCAUGCUGCAACUAUGGCACAUCGCAAAGCAUGCAAGACCGGUGUCGAGAGAGGAACUCCGAUGGCGAUUGGGAUGGGGGUCUGUGUCAGAGUGUAGGUCCUCUGGGCAGCAGAGCCUACUUUGGCAUGUAGCGCUUGGGUGUGCGGUGUCUCUCUUCCCUGAAGACUUUCCGGCCCCACCGCCGUGGGCGCACGGAGCGGUUGGGCACCGCGCGAUCCUCACCAGUGCGCAUGACAUUGACCGAUACUUGCACGCCGAGAGGGUUGUAUACCGGUCUGAAGAUGAUUGUCGCUCGCUGGCUAGACCCACAGAGGGCGAAAGUGUCAAAUGGUGGGAGAUGAAAAAGCACGCGCAGUCAGAGGAGCACAGGUUUGCCGUGGAGACCAGGCGAAUUGCAAGCUUACAAGAAGACCUGCAGCGCGAGAAGCAAGCACUCGAUGUCGCCACGGAGACGAAAGACAAGAAGAAACAAGCAGUUCAGAAAGAGCUUGACCUGCUUGUGCAUCUUGAGAAGAUAAAGAUGGGUGCGCAGAUUGCAGACAAGGAGAACCAAUCAGUCCAAUCCAUGCUGGGGGAAGCACUUUCGAAAGAUGAGCUGGUCAAGAAGAAGGCAAUGCUGCAGAAAGACCAGGCUACCCUCCAGUCUGAGGAGAGAGCCUUGGAUGGCCGUAAGAAUGACGUGCAAACUCGGGCAGAGCACCUGGUUUCGGUUCAGCAGAAGCUAGAGCAUGACAGAAGUACUCUCCGGCAGGGCCUUUCAAACAUGGAGGUGCAUCGGGAGACAAGGCUAGCAUCCAGCAGUAGUGCACAUGCCCGAGAGAACCAGGAAUCAGAGAAGAGGUUCCAGGAAGACCUUGCUCGUGCAGUGCAGAACUAUGAAGAUGAGGAGAAGCAUCUGCUGGAGCUAGCGCCUGGCUAUGGCGAGGCAAAAGGCCCUUUCUCCAUCUUCAAGGAUGAGAUGAAAGAGAAGAUAGUUGCCCACAAGAGUGGCGGAAACCAUUUGCAUGCCACCAUCACUCGCCGCGCCCGGGAAGCGCCAACAUCGUUGGAUAGCUUGCUUGACAUGCUGAAGCAGUGGUUCUCAACCUAUGAGGGAGACUGCUGGCAGAGCUACCAGAGUAAAGAGGAGGGGCUUUUCUGGAGGCAUAUUCGGCAAGUGAGCCCAUAUCGACCAGCUGACGCACACGAGGCGGCAGGAGUCACAGCAGCAUGGAGCACUGUGAUGACUGAGGUGAAAGCUUGGGUGGAGAGUGGCAGUGCCGACCACAUCUCUGACUCCAAGCCCUCCUUCUGCCUGGAGGAUGUGCCUACCGAAGUCAGCCACUUGCAAGGCCUUCAAGUCGCAAUGAAGUCCAUCAAUCUGAGGGAGGAGGCACAGGCGGCACUCCUACGGAAGCUUGAGGGCAAUCUUCAGCUCUGGUUGCGACAACGUCUGGCUGCCCGACUCGUCGAGUCGUACAGAAAGGCAUUCCCAAAGUGCAAGCAUCGGAUGGUAGCCGACUUCUCUGGUAGCUUGGAAGCCCCGAAGGUUGUGGGAUUCGAAGUGCUGCCGCAGGUUGAUGUGCCUGAUCUUGCCAUUCCAGACGUGAAAAGUCUUCGCCAGGGCAUCAUCACAAAGUGUCGAGAUGCCUUGCGAGAAGCUGAAGAAGCAUGUGGCAAUGCCCAGCCUCUGCAGCUGGAAAAUGCGCUUGGCUCGAAGGGCUCGUUGAUGGAGCGCCGCUUGGGUCAAGGUCCUGGCAGAGUUCUGCGUGAAUCGUUCAUGGCAAGCUUGGAGGUAGAAUAUGCCCGACCAAAAGCAGCAGAGAAAUUGGCCAAGGCGGCAUUGAGCAAACCCGAGUGGCGUUUGCGCUUGAAAGAGGUCUUUCACAAGGACUGCCUGUUAGUCAAGAGGUCGCUCUGUUUUUCGGUGUAUGUGUGUGUCUACGUUGCAUUCUUGUUGCGUCCCAAUCAGGAAGCUGCCCAUCUGCAUGCGCAGACGGCGAAGCAAUGGGAGGAUAUCCAGAAAGUAAUUUCUGUUCGUUGCAUUCCAGAUGAUGCUGCUGGGCAUGCAUUUCGGGCACUGCAGGCAACCUAUGCUGCUGGCAUGAUGCGCCGGAGGGAUGCAGUUGCACUUUUGGCGUCACAGCCCGGAGAACGGCCCCAUCUUGCCGCCUCCAACCCCUUUCUCCAAGCUGGUGAACAGUCAACGGGCACACGCCCGCGAUGGACACUUGAAUCAACCAGCAAAGUGCCGGAAAAGCUGCUUUGCCACCUCAAGGGCAUUGUGCAGCUGCAGGGCCUCAGCACCCUCCUUGAUGGAAUUCGUCGGGAACUUGAGAAUGACCAUGUCGGGGCAACCUUGCAGAGGCAGCUGGCCGAUGUGUUGCAACCGCCACAGCUCAUCACAGACAGAGGCGAUUGGCUCCAGCUGGAAUGGGAGCAGGGCUUUGUGUGCCGGCCAGUGCAGUUGGAGGUGGCAACGGCCAUGAUGGACAAGUCUUUCGACAAACACGUUCUUCAAUUGAACAUGGGGGAAGGCAAGAGCAAGGUAAUACUGUGCAGGCCUCAAAUGUGA